AUGCGAGUUUUGGUUUUCACAAAUGCAAGAUUCCUUGAAGAGGACUAUAUAAGUAACCAUAAGAGUAAGAUUCAAAUAAGAAUAGAGGAACUAGAAGCAACCCAAUCGAUGGACAGUAACGCACCCAAAUUUCAACCUGAAUCAACACCAAUCUUGGUUCGAGAUUCAUUACCCAUCACAAAUAGGAGAUUUGUCGAGAAUCGGACCAAUGCGAAUGAACCUAUUGACAACUCGGAUCCCGAUGAAAACGAGAGGAUUGUUGAGAACCAAGUUGAAAUGCAGGAAACGGUUGACAACUCGGCACCCGAUUUGAGUAUGAGGGAAAUCGAGAAUCAACCCGAAGCACCACCAGAGCCUUGUCGUAGUGGGAGGAUGGACAUCAAGAAAAUUUUCCUAACUGGAAGUCUUGAAGAGCGCAUAUAUAUGAUGCAACCCGAUGGUUUCAUGGCCAAAGGCCAAGAACACAUGGUAUGCAAGCUCAAGAAGUCCAUCUAUGGACUUAAGCAAGCAUCGAGAUCAUGGAACAUACGUUUUGAUCAAGCAAUCAGUUAUUUUGGUUUUGAUCAAUGUCCGGAUGAACCAUGCAAGUACAAGAGGAUUUGGCUAUCGAGUCACAUCAAUAUGAAAGACUUGGGUGAAACUGCAUAUAUUCUUGGGAUCAAGCUAUUGCGAGAUCGCAAGAAUAAAAUGCUAGGGCUUUCACAGACAAGUUAUAUCGACACAAUAGAAAGAAUGAAGAAGAUUCUUUACGCUUCGAUAGUGGGAAGUCUCGUGUACGCUAUGCUAUGCACUAGACUGGAUAUCUCCUAUGAUGUGGGCAUGGUGAGCCGUUAUCAGUCUAACCCGGGAGAAGAGCAUCGGACCGCGUUAGAUAUAAAACUUGCUAUCUUGGCUUUAUCUGAGGUGAACAUAAUGGAUUUGUAUAAACACUCAAUGCAAUACAUUGUGAUGAUAGUCAAUUGGUUUCUAAGCGUCGAUGCAAUCGAUAUGUCGGGGAAGCAUGAAGUUGAUCUUGACACAAAUAUAUGGAAGGUUAGGAGAAUGGCUUAG